UUCCGGGGGUUUCUGUGUGUGGCUCGGUGCUGCUGCCAGGAUGUUCGAGGCGCGGCUGGUGCAGGGCUCAGUGCUCAAGCGGGUGCUAGAGGCGCUUAAGGACCUCAUCACCGAGGCCUGCUGGGACCUCGGCUCGGGUGGCAUUAGCCUGCAGAGCAUGGACUCCUCGCACGUCUCUCUUGUGCAGCUCACCCUGCGCUCCGAGGGCUUCGACACCUACCGCUGCGACCGCAACAUUGCCAUGGGCGUCAACCUCUCCAGCAUGUCCAAAAUCCUGAAAUGUGCUGGAAACGAGGACAUCAUAACGCUGCGAGCAGAAGACAAUGCAGAUACGUUGGCUCUAGUGUUUGAAGCACCAAAUCAGGAGAAGGUUUCUGAUUAUGAGAUGAAGCUGAUGGAUCUUGAUGUGGAGCAGCUUGGAAUUCCAGAGCAGGAGUACAGCUGUGUGGUGAAGAUGCCCUCGGCGGAGUUCGCUCGCAUCUGCCGCGACCUCAGCCACAUCGGGGACGCCGUCGUCAUCUCCUGUGCCAAGGAUGGGGUCAAGUUCUCAGCCAACGGGGAGCUGGGCAAUGGCAACAUCAAGCUGUCACAGACCAGCAACGUGGACAAAGAGGAGGAAGCUGUCACAAUAGAGAUGAAUGAGCCAGUCCAGCUGACCUUUGCUCUGAGGUACUUGAACUUCUUCACCAAAGCCACCCCCCUGUCACCCACAGUAACACUCAGCAUGUCUGCAGAUGUCCCUCUUGUGGUGGAGUACAAGAUUGCUGACAUGGGACACUUAAAGUACUACCUGGCUCCAAAGAUUGAAGACCAACAAGAAGGCUCUUAACUGGAGGAGGACUGAGGGGGAGAUCUGGUCAGCUCCUGUUGGAGAAGGAAGUGGUGGUAGCAAGUCCAGUGCCUUGCAGCAGCAUCCUCCCAGCACUGCUAGGCCUGCUCUGUAGAUAGCUUUGUAAAUACUUUUGCCACUCACUCUUUCCCUGUACUGGUGCCACUGGAAGUAGGAAAUUCUGUUGUGUUUUGGGGUUGUAUUUUCUUUUUUGUAGUUCUCUCUUAGAUGCUGUCUGGUGGUGGACUAUCUUAGUUCCUCUCACCCUGUCUUAGAGAAGGGAAUGCAAUAUUCACCUCGAGGGGAGGUUCACCUGUAGCUAUCUAGGGGCUGCUGUUCAAUUCUGCUGCCAGUUUGUAUCACCUGACUCCAUCUCUUUGUUCCUGAGGCUGAUAAUUCUGACUGAGACUUGGAAAGUGGAAAAAAAAAUACAAUUUGGGUUUUAUU